GCAACUGCCGAAAGUUCAAGUUCUCCUCUUCGAUGGCACCAAUGCCUCAGCAUGGGUGGACAAGUUAGAGCAAUUGGGCAGUUGUUGUGAAUGGACGAAUGAGAAGAUGCUUCAAAUGGUGAAGCGAUAUUGUAUGGUCAAGUAUAAAGAAGAGGUGUCGGAGUUGGUGCACGCCUCGCGCGACUGGCCGGACUUCAAAGCCAAGUUAUUGGACAAGUACCAAUUGGAGGAUCAACUGCUCGACCUGGCAGACUUACGGAAAGUUAGUCGUCGGAAAUUUGGUACGGCCAAGCAGUUUCUCACAGAAUUUAAACGAGUCGCGCGCUUAGUGCCUGAUCUUCCUGAUAAGGAUCCGUGUCUCAUCUUCCUCGAAAACUUUUCAGAAGUUGAGCAGCGGGAAUUGAUGAAGGAUAUGACUGGUCGAUACGACUGGCCAAAGAUCAAGGAGAAUUUGUUGGCGGGAAGCUUCGACCAGAUGCUUUACCGUCUCCUGACGCAGCAAAAAGAGGACCGCGAGAAGGAAGGGGUAAGCGUGGACAAGGACCAAGCCGUUUACAAGACCUUGACAAACAUGCGAAACAUGAUGGCUGACAUGAAGGAGGAAAGGUUAAAGCUACAAUUGAUGAUGGUCCAGACGAAAGGAGGGAAAAGGAAGGGGAAAGCACCCGUUGUGGAGGAGGUAAGUAAUAGCAGCAGUGAAGAGGAAGACGAAGAGGAAGUGGAGCCCCGUCGAAAAUUGACUAAAGCGGAACGGAAGGCCUUGAACGAGAUACGAGGAGGGCAGGGCACUAGGAAUCUCAUCGAUCCCAAUGUAGAAGGAGGAAUAAGAAAGGAAGCCUUCCGACGUAUGGGGCGAGAUCUUCCAACAACUUUUCGACUGGCUUCCCCGGAAGAAGUCGAACAGAUCGAGUUGGAAGCGGCGAUGGAGUCAGUGAUGAUUGAAGAUGCCAAGGUCGCAGAUGAAAGGUUGAGCAAAGAGCAGGAAGAGAUACUGCAACGAGCUCAGACAGUGGUCAGAAAAAUGACUCGAUGCAGGGAAGCUUUCGUUCAAGUAUGUGCUGACAUGAAUGAAGAGUGGCCCGGGCUUCCCCAAGUUUUUCUGUUCGUGGGAUGGGACAGAGAUGGCCAAGGAGGUCUUACUGAUGUUACUGCAUCACAGCCUGGAUCGUCGUCGGCAGGGCGUUUAAUGGCCACCACGGUCUUGUCCCGUCUUGCUUUCAAGCGACCUGCCACCGCUGGCCUCCCACAAGCUCGGAGGGCUCGAAGGCCGCCGCGGCCAAGGGCAGCGUCAGAAGAAGGGUCAAGUCAGCCUCGGGAAAGCGAGACAAUUGCGAUUGAGGAAGACGAUGGCGAGGAGGACGAAUUGUUGUGGGCCGAGGAUGAGCGGCAGGCCAAACAACGGGCCAUGGAGAGGGGACCAGAAACGGGCAAGGCCGAUGUUGAGGAAGGAGAGCUGAAAAAGAAGAAGCAAGUCUAUACAAUUCCAGUAGAGCAAGGGCUGGAUAUUGAGCAAAUCGUGGACCGGAUUUUGGAAAGCCAGUGCGAUUUGUUCACGCUCAAGGAAUUCUUGGCCGCGUCGCCCAAAAUCCGAGAGGAUUUCAGACACCGACUGUUCGCUGCAAGGGUGGAACACCUACGAAAGUUGGUGCGUAAAAAUCAAGAAUGGGAAUGGGGUCCAAAGCAGCAGGCGGCUGUCGACGUCAUCAAGGCACAAUUCCGAGAAGGAGGAUUGAUCCUGGGGGUUCUGUGCUUUGACAAUGACCCAAAUCGGCUCUUUGUAAUUGAAACGGAUGCAGGCCCCACAGCAUUGGGUGGUGUCCUCAUCCAAAAGGAUGGAGAAGGGCGAGAAAGGCCAUUGAGAUUUGAGAGUCGAACGCUGAAUGAGGCGGAAAGGAAAUAUUCCCAAUUUAAGAAGGAAGCCCUUGCAGUGCUUCAUUGUUUCAAAAUUUUCCGAAACUACGUGUUUGGGAGACGGAUCGUCCUGCGGGUUGAUCCGACUGCCCUGGCACAGUCACUGAAGAAUUAUUAUCCCUCGGAUCCAACUAUUGCUCGAUGGUUGAUCUAUAUCUGGAUGUUCGAUUUCGAGAUCGAGCGUAUUGCGGGAACGCAAAAUCGAGCCGAUGGAUUGAGUCGGAUCGAGUGGGACUCCUCGAAAGAUCGGGCAGAAGACUCUGUUCCUAUGGAUGGAUUUCUAGAAACAGACGAGCAGCAGUUGAGUAUCAAUGUUUGGGAGUAUAUUAACAAUGCUUCGUCCCGACCUGGGAAGUCUAUCUGGAGUUCUCCGAGUUGUUAUCAGAAGCGUUCAGAACUUGUGAUGAGAGAGUCCUUUAUUGAGGAGGAUCCCUGGGGCGAACGGUCCGCGGAACAAAUGAUGAGGUUGGUAUUGUCUGAUCCAGUACAACUUUCGAAAGAACCCCUUACGAUUGAAGGGGGGCAUGAGCAAGGCGAUGAAGUCCUCAGGAUUUCUGGAGGAAUGGUAUUUCUCGUUAAUUCAUUGAUACAGGAAGAUCACGGUAAGCUAAUGUUGGAAGAAGGGGAAGGCAGUGAGAUUAAAGAAGUCUUUCGUGAGAAGGAAUAUGAUGGGAUCUAUAAGAAGAUUGGGCUUUGGCUAAAUGGGGAUUUGAACGAGGCUGAGAUAGAGCCAGAAAUAAGAGAGAAGGCAAAGGACUUUGUCAUUCGACAGGGGCAUCUUUUCAAGAAGUCUGACGAUGGAAUGCCUAAGAGAGUGGUGUGGGGGGUUCCCAGACAGUUGGAUGUGCUUGCGGCUCUACAUGAUGGAGUGGCAGGUGGGCAUCGGUCCACAUGAUUGAGUUUAAGAAAGAUCCAACAUCUCUAUUUUUGGGAUGGUAUGGGUAAGAUGGUGGCAGAGUUCUGCAACUCGUGCGU